UUCGCAUAUUUUUUCCUCUCCAAAGACAUUUUCAUCAACAAGUCUGGACUCGUGUUCACCAUUUGAGCAUCAGCCUUGUUUUAGUUAAUUCUUCAGAAGAAUGUCAUCUCUGCCGGGCACUGUACCCCGAAUGAUGCGACCGGCGCCUGGACAAAACUACCCCCGUACUGGAUUUCCUUUGGAAGUGUCAACCCCUCUGGGUCAAGGUCGGGUGAAUCAACUCGGCGGUGUUUUCAUCAAUGGAAGGCCACUGCCAAAUCAUAUCCGACACAAGAUAGUGGAGAUGGCCCACCACGGCAUUCGACCCUGCGUGAUAUCCCGACAGCUUCGAGUUUCCCACGGUUGUGUAUCCAAAAUUCUCUGCCGGUAUCAGGAAACCGGUUCCAUCCGUCCUGGUGCAAUAGGAGGGAGUAAACCCAGGCAGGUAGCAACGCCUGACGUGGAGAAAAGAAUCGAGGAGUACAAGCGCGAAAACCCAGGAAUGUUCAGCUGGGAAAUCCGAGAUAAAUUGCUGAAGGACGGGGUGUGUGACCGAAGCACUGUACCUUCAGGUGAGGCCUCAUCUGUGAGCUCCAUUAGUCGUGUUCUGAGGGCUCGGUUUGGAAAGAAGGAUGAUGAAGAUGACUGCGAUAAAAAAGAUGAUGGAGGAGAGAAGAAAACUAAACAUAGCAUCGACGGCAUACUUGGUGAUAAAGGUGGACGCAUCGACGAGGGCUCGGACGUGGACUCGGAGCCGGACCUGCCGCUGAAGAGGAAGCAGCGGCGCAGCCGGACCACCUUCACGGCCGAGCAGCUGGAGGAGCUGGAGAAGGCCUUCGAGCGCACGCACUACCCCGACAUCUACACCCGGGAGGAGCUGGCCCAGAGGACCAAACUCACGGAGGCACGCGUGCAGGUGUGGUUUAGCAAUCGACGAGCCAGGUGGCGCAAGCAGGCGGGAGCCAAUCAGCUGGCUGCGUUUAACCACCUGUUGCCAGGAGGGUUCCCCGGUACCGGAAUGCCCACGCUCCCGACGUAUCAGCUGCCCGAGGCCUCGUACGGCACCACCACGCUAUCACAAGACGGCACUGGCACAUUGCAUCGGCCGCAGCCUCUGCCCCCGUCCACCAUGCACCAGAGCCUCCCGGGCGACAGCGGCUCGUACGGCCUGUCGUCGGCCAACCGCCACGGCUUCUCCAGCUACUCGGACACCUUCAUGAGUCCGACGGCCUCCAGCAACCACAUGAACCCUGUGAGCAACGGCCUCUCUCCGCAGGUCAUGAGCAUUUUGAGCCAGUCCCAGCCCCAGCCCCAGUCCCAGCACGACUUCUCCAUCUCCCCGCUGCACGGCGGCCUGGACUCCUCCAACUCCAUCUCGGCCAGCUGUAGCCAGCGCUCCGACUCCAUCAAGACGGUGGACAGCCUGCCGUCCUCCCAGUCCUACUGCCCCCCCACCUACAGCACCACCGGCUACAGCGUGGACCCCGUCACCGCCGGCUACCAGUACAGCCAGUAUGGCCAGACUGCGGUGGACUACCUGGCCAAGAAUGUGAGCUUGUCCACGCAGAGGAGAAUGAAGCUCGGGGAGCACUCAGCCGUGCUUGGACUUCUACAGGUGGAGACGGGCCAGGCCUACUGAUGCCCCCUGCCUCACACUCGCUCUCCCCAGGACCAGGACCUCUGACCUCUUAUUCCAACGAUCCCACACACACACACACACACGUGCGCACUCACACAGACACACACACAUACUCACACCUCGUCUUGAUGUGCCACCUCCCCUCCACCUCUCACCAGCAGCCGCCAAGUUUUUUGUUUUUGUUUUUGUUUGUUUGUUUUUUGCUUGCACACUGUGUGUGCACGUAUCCAAACACACAAGGAAUAGCACGAGGGCAGGAGCGCCCGCGGGCAGGCAAGUCUCCGUGGGCAGACUCUAUGAACCCGGGGCUGACUCGGCCGCUGAGAGCAACAAAGCCAUUCCAGACUGAGACAACACUAGCCAGCUAGCGUCGUCGCUACCGCCUGCCGUAGCCGGCCACCGCCUCUCCCCAGCGAGCCCUGAUCCCCUCUUCCUCCCCCCUCCUCCUCUUCCUCCUCCACAAAGGGACCCAUUCAGGGCCUCCAAGGCCAGCAGGGAAAAACAAAUGAGCUACUUAUUAUGACGUCGGGAACAACGUCUGAAAUCCCUGCCCGUCGGCUGCCACUGUUAGCACGAGCAGACAACAAUACCCUCGCCCUCCAUCCCUUCAUUCCACACGAUUUUCCACCAUGUUUAUAGUACUUUUUUCAAACGAACGAUCGAAUGAAAAAAAAAAUGCCACUGUCACAAUUCUAUUUGUUAUUACAAUUGUUGAUGGUCUUACAGUUUAUGAUUAUAAUUAUUGUAAUUAUUUUUGUUCACAAUUUUUUUUUUUUGUAGUUUGGUUUUCUCUUUCACUAGGUAUUUUUGUUUUGUAUAAUGCAAACAUAUGACUGAGAGGAAUGAACAAGGCAGAAAAAUAUGAUUGCUUGCCUCUCUAUAACAUUUGUGUGUGUGUGUGUGUGUGUGUGUGUGUUUGUGUGUGUGUGUGUGAGAGAGAGAGAGAGAGAGAGAGAGACUGUGUGUGUGUGUGUGUGUGUGUGUGUGUGUGACUGUGUAUAUGUGUGUGUGUGUGUG